GAAGUACCGCAACAUCAAAACAGAGAGUGAAGAUCCGACGAAGAAGCUAACUGCCUAGCAUCGCAGAUAAAAAAAUAAAUAAACACCGUGAGGUUGAGUUUGUAUUUCUCACGGGAACAAACUCGCAUUCUCAGUAAAGGAGAAGACCAAAACUGCUGAGAUGCCUGAAACUGAGAGUUACUCCAACCCUCUGGCUCCUGAUGGCCACGAGGUGGAAGACCACAGAGCUGCUGCUCAGUCCAAACUCACCAACGAUGACUUCAGGAAGCUGCUCAUGACACCUCGGGCUACGCCUUCCUCGGCCCCGCCAUCCAAGUCCAGACACCAUGAAAUGCCAAGAGACUAUAACGAAGACGAGGAUCCUGCAGCGAGAAGGAGGAAGAAGAAGAGCUACUAUGCUAAGCUUCGUCAGCAGGAGAUGGAGCGUGAGAGAGAGUUGGCUGAGAAAUACAGGGAUCGAGCUCGAGAGAGAAGAGAUGGAGUCAACAAAGAUUACGAAGAGACUGAGCUGAUAAGCACCACAGCUAACUACAGAGCUGUGGGACCCACUGCUGAGGCAGAUAAAUCUGCAGCAGAGAAACGUCGUCAGUUGAUCCAGGAGUCCAAGUUCUUGGGAGGUGACAUGGAGCAUACUCACUUGGUGAAAGGUCUGGACUUUGCGCUGUUGCAGAAGGUGAGAGCUGAAAUCACCAGUAAAGAGAAAGAAGAAGAGGAUAUGAUGGAGAAAGUCCAGAAAGAGGCAAAGAAAGACAUUGAGCCGGAGGAGAAGAUCGAGUUCAAGACUCGUCUUGGUAGGAAUAUCUACCGUAUGGUGUUCAGAACGGGCCAGGUGGAGAGGAACGAGCUCUUCCUGCCAGGCAGGAUGGCGUACGUGGUCGACUUGGACGAUGAGUUCACUGACACUGACAUCCCGACAACUCUGAUCCGCAGCAAAGCUGACUGUCCAAGCAUGGAGGCUCAAACGACUCUGACCACCAACGACAUUGUGAUCUCGAAGCUGACUCAGAUCCUGUCUUACCUCAGACAGGGAACACGACACAAGAAGAUCAAGAAGAAGGACAAAGGUAAACUGGAUGAGAAGAGGGCUCCUGAGGCUGAUCUGAGUAUCUUUGAUGACGUAGGGGACUACAUCCUGUCCACCACCUCGUCCUCAAAACCUCCCAAAGAGAAAGAGAGACAUCGAGACAGAGAGCGUGACAGAGAGAGAGAGCGAGAGGACGACAGCAAGAGCAGGAGACACAGCUACUUUGAGAAACCACGAGGAGAUGAUCACCAGGUGAUGGAGGUGGAUACAGGUCCUGGAUCAGUCCGAGAGCAGAUCAAGAUGAUCAACGAGAAGUUUGCAGGAGCAGCAGGCAGCCAAUGGCCGGGCCAGGAGCCGGGUUCUCAGAGGGGCGGCAAAGAACAGCUGGGAGAUUUCUUCGGAGGAUCCAACUCAUACGCAGAGUGUUACCCUGCUACGAUGGAUGACCUGGCUGUUGACAGUGAUGAGGAGGUGGACUACAGUAAGAUGGACCAGGGUAAUAAAAAGGGCCCAUUGGGUCGAUGGGACUUCGACACUCAGGAGGAAUAUUCAGACUACAUGAACAACAAGGAGGCGCUGCCAAAGGCUGCCUUCCAGUACGGCAUCAAGAUGUCUGAAGGCAGAAAGACUAGGCGCUUCAAAGAGACCAAUGAGAAGGCAGAACUGGACCGACAGUGGAAGAAGAUCAGCGCGAUCAUCGAGAAGAGGAAGAAGAUGGAGGCUGACGGGGUGGACGUGAAAAGGCCCAAAUACUGAAGACUGCAACUCUCCAUCAGGAUGAAUAUUUAUAUCUGUUAUUUACACAAACACACAAUUUUCAUGUAUUGAUCUGUGAAAUCAUCGUCAGUUUUUAUUGAAAACAAAGUGUAAAGAAACUGAAAUCAACAGUCAGCGAUGAUCAGCAUCAGACUUUAACCCCUUUUACACAAAGCUACAGUGAAGAAGAUACUAUGUCAUGUUGUCCUGCCUGAUCCAUUUAUACAUGGACAUUGCUUUGGCUGAUUUUAUUGGUUGAUUUCUCGUCCUACGUUGCCGCCUCAGAGUGGGAACAGCAUUGUUUUCUGUUCUGAGUCCAUAUGUUUUACACAGAACAGUGAGGCAGAACAAGACAGCAACAUUCCUGCCUUGAACAUGUUAAAAUUUAGAAUAAUUUAAAGUUCAGUAUCUUGAUAAGUCUGUUAGUAACCUGAUAUGUGAUAUUAUUGAUUAGUUAGUGAUAUUUGAUGUUAUUGAUUAGUUAGUGAUUUUGUUUCCUGAGAGAUCUGAAACUUUAAUAAACAUCAAAACAAUUGAUAAA